AUGCGCUUCGCACUUACGGGGACCGCCAUUCUGGCCUAUAUCUCGCUUGCCACCUCGCAUGUCAUCAAGCGGGACAUUUCCAUUGUCCUCCGUGGUCUGUCCACCUUGAAUGCCAAUAUAGGCACAUUCGGUGCAUCCGUUUAUCGUUACGACGGAACACUUCCCGCUGCGAUCGAAAUCUUCCACCAGGAGAGUAGCCUGGAGAAGGACCUCGAGGGAGUGGCCGCCGACACCAACAGCACGGCGGAGUGGACCGCCCAGGAGAGCAAUAGCGUGACUGAAUCCUUGGUGGGAUUGGAGCCGAUUAUGCGAACCUCAAUUGCCGCACUUGUGAUGAAGAGAGAUCUCUUCAUCAGCGCCGGCGUGGGCUCUGCAGUGCGGCUUAAUUUGGUCAACAUGAGGAGUCGGACAGUUGCUCUUUCUGUGGCGCUGCAGAACAAGGCUGUCGGUGCUGACAAGGAGACUAUUCGACAAGGGACCGGGGAUGUGGACGAUGCCUUUGACAGUGCGAUUGAUUCGUAUGAAUCCCGGCUGUGA